ACGUGACUCUAGUCUAGUACAAACUGUCAAUUUUCUAAACAUAACCUCGAAAUAGUGCACAUUUUCUAAACUCGAAAAUGUUUAAAAUAGUGAAUGUAGCCGUACGGUCGCGGUUUACAGUAUGUUUUCACCCCAAACGGACUUUCUUGUCGCAAGCGUAUCACUGUAACGAAAUUUGGGAAGACCGGCUGAACAGCCCCCUUUUCCAGAAGGUCAAUCUGGAUUUGCUCUACCACGAACUGGAUCAAGGGUUUCAGAAAACACGGCGAAUUAGUGCCGUGGACGUCGACAUUUUCGCGAACGCGGUGAAGGAUAAUUUGUUUGUGGACGAAUUGCUGGAUCUGGUGCACAAAUUGAGGUUAAGUCCGGACACCGGGAAUGCGCUGAGUUCGACGAGCCAUGCGGUGAUUCGGGCGCUUGUUAGUCACGACAAAGACAAAGAGCUGUUGGACGUUGUGGACGAUAGGCUGAAUUAUGGCGUUUUUCUGGAUGACUACACUGGAAAUCUCUUGAUGGAUAGGUUUUGGAAGAGCAAAGAUUUUGCAGCGGGGGCAAAAAUAGCGAGCCAGUUUAUGCUCCAGGAGGAUUUUAAACACCCGGUGACGAUAAAUUUCGCGCUGUUGCAUUGUUAUAAUUACUUGGUGGCGCCAGGGGAGUGGGCGCAAGCACCCGUUCCAGAGGAACCGGAAGACGAAGUGAAAGUUCGAGUUAAAUACUUGAGAAAUCCCUUUGACGACGAACAUUUUGACUUGAAAGAUCCUGUGAAAAUUGUGGGUAAAACAUUGGCGGUGGCUGCGAAAAACCGGGAUGAUUCUGUACAUAAGUCACUCAGGGUGAUUGGACUAGCGUUAUUUGGACGAGAAGAGUUAGCACGGAACGAGGUUGCUAAAAAUAACGUGAAGUUGGUGAAGGAAGUCGUCGAUUUGUUGCCACAAGAUGUCGCUUUAAAGCAAGAACUUGCUCAACUUGACUUAAUCUCUGAAGACGUCCACGUUGUGUUGCAGAAACAGGUCGCUGAAAGCGUGUCUCAAAUAUCAGAGAAAGACAUCGCUAAUCAGUGUGACGUUUUCAAGCAGUGGGAAGAUGACAGGUUGCGCGCGCUCGAGGAACAAAAGCAGCGCCUCCUCACCGCCGAACGACUCGCAGAAGUCGAAAAUCUGCAAAAAUCGCUCCAAGAAAAAGAACAAAAACUCUGGUUCUUUGAAAACGAAGAAAACAUAGAGCUAGCCAUUGAAGAAUCCUCCGCCGCGCUUCGACACAAACCCACGAAAAAGAAAAAAAUCGAAGAAGACUACGUCCCGCCUGAAGUCACCGCCAAACGGAAUUAAUCGUUUCACAUUUUGUUUAAUAUUUUAACAAAAAAUAUAAAUAGUAAAAACUU